ACUUUUAAUAAUCAAAAUAAACCCCCAACUUCUGUAAUAUCUGGAAAAACAGCUAGAUUUGUUGUUGAAAGGUGGUAACUCUACUGGUUGUAAACAAAAAUAAACGAACAAUAACCUGAGGAAAAUCAUAACACCUGCCCGCAGAGAUGAACGCCGUGAUUGCGCUCUGCCAUUUUUGUGAGGCGCAUGGCCCCUGCGCCAUAUUCUGUACCCAAACGCUGCGUGACACCAAGCUGGAGGACCUGCAACUGGAGCAGCAACAGUCCCAGAAGACCUGCUCCGCCUGUAACUACUCCAUGGGUCGCAACAACAAUGCCAUAUACAGCAAGGACGUAGAAAGUGGAGCCACAUUUGUAAGCACAAAGGUGGCAGUACUGCCGGAGGUGGCCAACCUGGUCAAGCAGGCGGCCGUCCUCAGCUUGAGCAACGGCACAGAUUCCAGCAAGGACGGCGAGUUUGUGUUCUUCGGAGACUCGUCCAGGGGUCACAUUCUGAGUCACACGUUUCGGGUUGCCGACUCGCAGGCCCGAGGUUACUCCCAGCUCUUCUCGUUUAUAGUCCUGAUGAAGGACAAGUACUUCCUGCUCAACACCAAACCCUUUCUGGCGGAGCACCUGAAAAAGGUAUCUUCCGAGCUGCAGGCGGCUGCCAAGAAGACCAAGGAAGCGGAGGAUUCGAUCUGCUCGGAACGACAGCGACGACUCUCGGGCGUGCAGUUCCCGAUGCAGACCUCUCGCUCACUCCUGGAGCUCACCGGAGAGGAGCACAUCUUCGCCCAACUGCACUCACACUUUGCCUGGCUCCUGCUCGCUGGCUCCCGCUUUCUCACAGAGCAUGUGACCUUUGGAAAUCUGCCCUGGCUUCCUCCGCAGAGCAGCGGGCGACCGCCAGCCCAACGGCUCACCUAUAACAGCUCCACCCUGCCCAUGAUCGAGAGCCUCGACGACCCCGACCAGGAGGAGUUCUUCUCGCUGCGCCAGCUUAAAAGCGUGGUACGCAAAGAGGAGUUCGCCACGGUCUGCUAUUGCGCCCUCACCGGCAUCAAGAUAGUGGUCAGAGGCGACCCGCGGCGCACCUUCCGAUUCAUGGUGUGCCUGAAGAAGCUGCUACCGGAGCCAAUGCACAACCUGAUGCGCAUAGAUGCCCAGCAUCAGCACUCCAUCUCGUCCGAGUAUAAAAUCAUAUCUGUAUCCAACGAUAUUGCGGUUCCCAUGGCUAGUGCUUCGGUCUUUCGAAUAGAUUUCUUGGACAAACAUAUCAAUGGCCACGAAGUGACUGUCAAGUGGCCGGGGGAACUGCCCAGAAAAUUGCCCGAUCUCAUGGUGAAACUUUUGAAGGCAGUGGAGGAGAAGAACUUCACCGAAUUGGUGCUCAACAAGCAGACCAAAGUGCUCAUCGAGGAAUGGAAGAACAAAGUCACCUGCCUGAACCACGCCAAGUCCAGCAGCGUCCAGGGAAAGCUGAAGAAGGUGCUGGGUAUCCAGCCACAGGACCAGUCUCUGAUCAACUACUGGAGCACGCACUUGCACUAGUUAUAGUUUUAAGAACAUUCGUUUCACCUUUUGGAAUAAAAC